AUGAAGACAGAUAACGGGUAUACAUUAGGCGAAGGCAUUUUACAAUGCAUUCUGAGCUAUUGCUCGGACGAUGUGGUGGCUGAAUCCGGAAACGAUGUUUAUAAAAUCUGCGACGGGGUAAAGGGCGCUGUCUCUAAGACACAUGCUUCUAUUAUUGCUACGCUGGUGCCAGGGGUGACGUCUAGUGCGGUGUCUGGUGAUACGACGACACCGACAAUAUCGGCCUCGGGGACGACGGCUUCGGGGUUCGAGACGUCUGUGACUUCACCUGUUCUUACGACGUUCCAGAGUCCGGUGUCGACGACUGGGUUGGAGGGGGUUGCUUCUGCUACGAGUGGUGCUACGGAGUCGCAGUCUCAGUCUCCAAGUACCACACCAGAGGCCAACGGAGAUGAAGAUCAAGAUUCCAAUUCGCUCAGCGCGGGGGGAGUGGUGGGUGUGUCACUUGCCUCAGGGCUAUCGGGAUCUUUCCUCAUCGGAAUCGCUAUAUUCUUCUGGUGGCGGAAAAUGCGACGCAAGCGCAAAGAAGCAGACGAUGCGCAUUACUUCGAAAUUGGGGGGAGAAUGACAGAACCUCCAGAUUUCGACACUCCACGUCCUCGACUGCCGACUCCCGGCCCUAACAGCUACCGUCCGCGACCUCCGCCAAAGUCCCCGGAUCAGAUCCCGACUACGGAGACUUCGAGGUUGAUGUCGCCGUUUUUGCCGGGGCCAAGACCUGCAAAUUCGAAUUCGAAUCCGGCCGUUGUUGUGACGGAUGUGGACGAUGAUUAUCAUCAUGAUGGGGGAGGUGGGCUUGGUGAGGACCCAGACCGGACUGCACAUGCGUUCCCUCCAUUUGUGUUUGAUGAAGUAGACACGCCGCGGAAUGUUCCUGCGACUCAACGAACACGAUCUGAUCAGUUGUUACCGGAGAAACCUGAGCUGUUGCCCGAGCCCUUGAAUUGGGAUCGUCCAAGACCCUCGAGAGCGAACAGCGAUGCGAUUACCAUGUUCGAAGAAGAUGUGCCACGGCCCAAGGAUCAUCCGUUCAAUGGGUACCCUAACUUUUCUGGCCCGCUGGGGCCCAGGCCAAUGAAUAGUAAACGGCCAAUCGCUGGAUUACCAGCCAACCCCCGAGCCAUGAUGUAUGGCUUCGGAUCGCAGGAUCACCUACCACCCAAACGGACUCAAGAUAGUCUGUUGAAGCCGACUUACCUCCAGCCUGAAGCCAGACCAUCUUCUUUCAUAGCAGCAACACCAGGGCGUUGCUCACAGUCAUCGAUGUCGGAUGACGACUACGAUGAUUACUAUUCCAACUGGCAAGACUACGAUACCAACCAACCCCGACCGCCAGCCCGCAUUGCAAACCGUCGUUCAUACCCCAGCCCAUCAACCGAAAGCUGGAGCAACACCGGCUUCGACUUUCGCAGUCUUGAAUCACCCCGAAUAUUCCGCCACUCAGGUAUCUUCAAACCACUCACCCCCGUACGCGAAGAAAGCAGAACCCCAGCACGCAGCCUCUCCAACCCUAGUCCGCAGGACCGGAUAGGGUACUCCACGGGGAGUCCGCAACAGCGCUUCUACCAUCCUUCUCCCCAAACCCCCAAUCUCGACCCAACAUGUGAAGUCGUCUCCAGACCACGCAUCGUCCGCCAGCAUGAUAUCAAGCGCGUUGAAAUCCGCCGCGGCAAGUCCCGUGAGGUCAACACUCCCGUUAUGAGUUCUCCUUAUUCGCCCGACGAUUAUUGGAAUGAACCUAGUCGGAAUUCCCUAACGCAAGUCACUACUGCGGGUAGUAGUGCUAUGACUACUCCAACGUCAUUGUCGGUUGGUACUUCCAUGCCUCCCGUUGAAAAGACGAUCACUCGUAAACCCGCCAAGAGGCAGUCGCUGUUGGAGCGUAAUUUGACGCCGUCGAGGGAGGGUGCGGAUUUGAUAUUACGGGUGGAAUAA